UCUUGGGUAGCGCGCAGGAGGGGGCGGGGCGGGGCCGGUUGCGCGCGCAGAUGACUCUCGGUUGGGCAAGCCAAGAUGGCGGCGGCUCUGUUUCGAGCUGCUCUGCGGGAUUGGAGGAGCUGCGUCCCGUGGAGCUGCAGGAGACGGCAACUGAGCCAGACCCAGGGGUCUCCUGAUAAGCCCGGCUUUGUGGAGUCUGUGGACGAAUUUCAGUUUGUGGAGCGCCUGUUUCCCCCUACCAAAAUCCCAGAGCCACCAAAGCAUAAGCAUUAUCCCACUCCCAGUGGCUGGCAGCCUCCUAGAGAUCCCCCUCCCAGCUUGCCCUACUUUGUUCGGCGUUCCCGGAUGCACAGCAUCCCUGUCUACAAGGACAUCACACACGGCAACCGACAGAUGACCGUGAUUCGGAAGGUGGAAGGGGAUAUCUGGGCUCUACAGAAGGAUGUGGAAGAAUUUUUGAGCCCACUGCUGGGAAAGACACCUCUCACCCAGGUUAAUGAGGUGACUGGUACUCUUCGAAUCAAAGGCUACUUUGAUGAGCAGCUUAAAGCCUGGCUUCUUGAGAAAGGCUUCUGAAUGAUGAUCAGCCCAUGAGGCAGUGCUCUCCACAGACUGGCAUCCAGAGAGGAAGUGGAUUUGGAGUCUCUGGAAUGGGAUGUAGUACCUAGGGCUUUGAGAUAAAGCUUUGCUUUCAGAAAGGGGAAAAGGGCCUCUAUGUGUUAAGGGUCUACUUGGGGAGAGCUGCCCAACGUCGGCAUCCAAAAGCAAAAGGCACACUAGCAAGGGAGACAACAUUAGCUGCUGUCCCUGUAUACACUGUUGGGCGUUUCUUUGGGUCAGCCAUUCUGGAAGCAAUCACCAACUCUGUUCUGGGACCUUCAUGAGGACAGACCCAUCGGGAACAUCCAUCCUUGACCUUCUGAAGCUUUGCUAUAAGCUAGACUGGGCCUGGUGGAUAAGGAAAUCAUGUAACACAGAUGACAGGGGCAAUGACAUGGACUGGAAUAAACAAGGCAGGUAAGAAUAUCUUCGGUUCUGAGUGCUGUGCUAGGUAGGGUUAGGGAAUCGGCCUGCUGACCUGGAAUCAACUACAGGAGUUUGAAGAAGAAAAAAAAAAAACUUUUCACUCUUGCCACCCAUCCUGCCAUCAGCCCACAUUAAACUGGCUAAGCAGUGUUUAAGAACCUGGCUACCCUGGUUGUCCUCAGACCUAAGGAAGAGGUACCAACCUCCCAGUGCUAAGUCUAGUUCAAUAACCUCUAGUUGAAUAAUCCUCAUUCUAGGAGAACCCCAUUCCUAAACCUACAGGCCGGGCAAGGAAAAGGAGCCCAACCCUGGUCCUGGGUUCCAGGUCCCACCAGUCAUUAAUGCAAGUUUUUAUUUGGCUGUAUAUACAAUUUAAGCUAUUAAAAUUUGUACAAUAUUUACAAAUUAAAUAAUCAUCUGAAACUGUC